AAUGUCCUGUAGUGACCUGGAACUAAGUCCACCCAAGGCUGUGGUGAGAUUUGAGGAUCCUGUGUCAGCGAACUGCAGCACCUCCACUAAACAUUAUGGCAUGGGCUGGGAGGCCCAUGUAGGAAAGACAAAGUUUUGCCACUAUAAUGAUGUUAAUGUGAUCACCUGGAAUGUCACAUCUCUGACUGACUGGGUCAUAGAGCCAAUAUGCUACGUCAACGCUGCUGAUGGACAGCACAACAAAACUCUUUCAGUCAUUGUCUAUAAGACUCCAGACAGUGUGUCCGUCAGCUAUGUAAAUCACACAGACCCAGUGAUGGAGAAGACACAGUAUGAGCUCCAGUGUAACACUAAGAACAUCGCUCCUCUUCAGUAUCUCAGUGUGAGGUGGUACAAAGGACAGAAUCUAGUGGACAGUCAAACAUUUACUGAUGACUCCAAGACUCCAGUGAAUGUUUCUGUUCCACUCCUGAUCACUCCCAGUAGAGCUGAUGAUGGAGCUCAGUACAGGUGUGAGGCGGAGCUGGACCUGGGAGCAGAGGGACCUCAACCUCCUACUACAGGUUGA